AUGGCAGGAGCAGCUGUUGUUUGGAGGAGUGCUAAACAAACUGGUGUUUCGAGUUCAACCAUGUUUUCUGAAUACAUAGCUUGCUAUGAAGCCACUUCGCAUGCAGUAUGGCUAAGGAAUUUUAUUAAAGACAUUAAGGUGGUGGACUCGAUUUCUAGACCAAUACGGAUAUAUAAUCACAACACUGCAGCUGUUUUCCACUGCAUGAACAACAAGAUGUCGUCUGGACUUCAGCAUAUUGACAGAAAAUAUUUAAUAGUGAUCACAUCAGAACUCAAGACAUGA